AUGCUACUGUUUUUCAUCUACGCCGCCUUAGGAGUGGAGCUAUUUGGAGAACUUGUCUGUAAUGAAGACUACCCGUGUGAGGGCAUGAGUCGUCACGCUACCUUUGAGAACUUUGGCAUGGCCUUCCUGACCCUGUUCCAAGUGUCGACGGGCGAUAACUGGAACGGCAUAAUGAAGGACACGUUGCGCGAGUGCCCUCCCGACCACGGCACAGAGCUGGAGUACGCGUGCAACCCCAGCCUGCAGUUCAUUUCGCCCAUGUACUUUGUCUCCUUCGUGCUCACCGCCCAGUUCGUGCUCAUCAACGUGGUGGUGGCCGUGCUGAUGAAGCACCUGGACGACUCCAACAAGGAGGCCCAGGAGGAGGCGGAGAUGGAUGCAGAGAUUGAGCUGGAGCUGGCCCAGGGCACCCUCUGUUGCAUGGGCGCACCGGGGUGUGGCGGCGGCGGCGGAGGAGGAGGAGGUGGAGGAGGAGGUGGAGGAGGAGGUGGGACGGUCGAGAAGGAGAGAGGAAGAGCGCAGAGACCGGGCGCCAGAGAAGACCGUGGGUCUAAGAGGCUGAGGCGCAGCACCCGCAGCUCCAGCCAGGGCUUGUACUCCCCGUCGCAGGUGAGAGGGCGAGGGGCAUGGGCACAGCACCACCUACAGGCCACACGCAGAACACACUGA